AGCAGCCGGUCGUUUCAUCAAAACAUCCAAGGUGACUUAUUACCUUGGUGAACAAAAGUGACGUGCUGGGGAUCACUUAAGACGGCCAUCCAACACAGCCCCUCACGUUGGAGGACCUUGAGAGCCGCUCUCUUUUCUUCGCAUACAACCCGUCCCCUAAGUCCCCUCUAUUAAUUCUUAUUCUCUUCAGUUUUUUGUGAAGACAAUUUUCACACAACCAUAUCAUCAUGUCGGCUCCAACUCACACCCUGCCUCCUCUUCCAUAUGCCUACGAUGCCCUCGAGCCCGUCAUUUCCAAGCAGAUUAUGGAACUGCAUCAUAUGAAGCAUCAUCAAACCUACAUCAACAACCUCAAUGCCGCCCUCUCCGCUCAAGUCACAGCUACUCAGAGCAAUGAUGUUCCCACCCUGAUCAGUCUACAGCAGAAGAUCAAGUUCAACGGCGGCGGUCACAUCAACCACUCUCUUUUCUGGAAGAAUCUCACUCCCCCCGGAACUCCGGGCAAUGACUUGGCUAGUGCUGCGCCUUCGCUGCGGGAAGCAAUUGUCUCCCGUUGGGGAUCACACGAGGCUUUCGUGAAGGCAUUUGGUGCUGAGCUUCUCGGUCUGCAGGGCAGUGGUUGGGGAUGGCUUGUGAGCAAGGGUGGACCUAAGGGUCGUCUGGACAUUGUUACGACCAAGGACCAAGAUCCGGUGGCCGCUACUGAUGUUCCGAUUUUCGGUGUUGAUAUGUGGGAGCAUGCUUAUUAUCUCCAGUAUCUCAACAAUAAGGCUGGUUAUGUAGAGGGCAUUUGGAAGAUCAUCAACUGGGCCGAAGCUGAGAAGCGCUACACAGCCGGCGUGGAGAACCCACUGAAGCUGUAAGUUAAAUGAACUGGUAAAUCAUGCCCAAUGAUACAACGCAACAGAAAAU